AUGGCCAGAGCCUUGUGUCCACUGCAAGCUCUCUGGCUUCUGGAGUGGGUGCUGCGGCUCUUGGGACCUUGUGCUGCCCCUCCAGCCUGGGCCUUGAACCUGGACCCAGUGCAGCUCACCUUCUAUGCAGGCCCCAAUGGCAGCCACUUUGGAUUUUCACUGGACUUCCACAAGGACAGCCAUGGGAGAGUGGCCAUCGUGGUGGGCGCCCCGCGGACCCUGGGCCCCAGCCAGGAGGAGACGGGCGGAGUGUUCCUGUGCCCCUGGAGGGCCGAGGGCGGCCAGUGCCCCUCGCUGCUCUUUGACCUCCGUGAUGAGACCCGAAAUGUAGGUUCCCAAACUUUACAAACCUUCAAGGCCCGUCAAGGACUGGGGGCGUCGGUCGUCAGCUGGAGCGACAUCAUUGUGGCCUGCGCCCCCUGGCAGCACUGGAACGUCCUAGAAAAGACUGAGGAGGCUGAGAAGACGCCCGUAGGCAGCUGCUUUUUGGCUCAGCCGGAGAGCGGCCGCCGCGCCGAGUACUCCCCCUGUCGCGGGAACACCCUGAGCCGCAUUUACAAGGAAAAUAAUUUUGGCUUGGACAAGCGUUACUGUGAAGCGGGCUUCAGCUCCGUGGUCACUCAGGCCGGAGAGCUGGUGCUUGGGGCUCCUGGCGGCUAUUAUUUCUUAGGUCUCCUGGCCCAGGCUCCAAUUGCGGAUAUUUUCUCGAGUUACCGCCCAGGCAUCCUUUUGUGGCACGUGCCCUCCCAGAGCCUCUCCUUUGACUCCAGCACCCCAGAGUACUUCGACGGCUACUGGGGGUACUCGGUGGCCGUGGGCGAGUUCGACGGGGAUCUCAACACUACAGAGUAUGUCGUCGGUGCCCCCACUCGGAGCGGGACCCUGGGAGCGGUGGAAAUUUUGGACUCCUACUACCAGAGGCUGCACCGGCUGCGCGGAGAGCAGAUGGCGUCGUAUUUUGGGCAUUCAGUGGCUGUCACUGAUGUCAACGGGGAUGGGAGGCAUGAUCUGCUGGUGGGCGCUCCACUGUAUAUGGAGAGCCGGGCAGACCGAAAACUGGCCGAAGUGGGGCGUGUGUAUUUGUUCCUGCAGCCGCGAGGCCCCCACGCGCUGGGUGCCCCCAGCCUCCUGCUGACUGGCACACAGCUCUAUGGGCGAUUCGGCUCUGCCAUCGCACCCCUGGGCGACCUCAACAGGGAUGGCUACAAUGACGUUGCAGUGGCUGCCCCCUACGGGGGUCCCAGUGGCGGGGGCCAAGUGCUGGUGUUCCUGGGUCAGAGUGAGGGGCUGAGCUCACGUCCCUCCCAGGUCCUGGACAGCCCCUUCCCCACAGGCUCUGCCUUUGGCUUCUCCCUUCGAGGUGCCGUAGACAUCGAUGACAACGGAUACCCAGACCUGCUCGUGGGAGCUUACGGGGCCAACCAGGUGGCUGUGUACAGAGCUCAGCCAGUGGUGAAGGCCUCUGUCCAGCUACUGGUGCAAGAUUCACUGAAUCCUGCUGUGAAGAGCUGUGUCCUACCCCAGACCAAGACACCCGUGAGCUGCUUCAACAUCCAGAUGUGUGUUGGAGCCACUGGGCACAACAUUCCUCAGAAGCUAUCCCUAAAUGCCGAGCUGCAGCUGGACCGGCAGAAGCCCCGCCAGGGCCGGCGGGUGCUGCUGCUGGGCUCUCAACAGGCAGGCACCACCCUGAACCUGGAUCUGGGCGGAAAGCACAGCCCCAUCUGCCACACCACCAUGGCCUUCCUUCGAGAUGAGGCAGACUUCCGGGACAAGCUGAGCCCCAUUGUGCUCAGCCUCAAUGUGUCCCUACCGCCCACGGAGGCUGGAAUGGCCCCUGCUGUCGUGCUGCAUGGAGACACCCAUGUGCAGGAGCAGACACGAAUCGUCCUGGACUGCGGGGAAGAUGACGUGUGUGUGCCCCAGCUUCAGCUCACUGCCAGCGUGACGGGCUCCCCGCUCCUAGUUGGGGCAGAUAAUGUCCUGGAGCUGCAGAUGGACACAGCCAACGAGGGCGAGGGGGCCUAUGAAGCAGAGCUGGCAGUGCACCUGCCCCAGGGCGCCCACUACAUGUGGGCCCUAAGCAACGUUGAGGGCUUUGAGAGACUCAUCUGUAAUCAGAAGAAGGAGAAUGAGACCACCAGGGUGGUGCUGUGUGAGCUGGGCAACCCCAUGAAGAAGAACACCCAGAUAGGAAUCACGAUGUUGGUGAGCGUGGGGAAUCUGGAAGAGGCUGGGGAGUCUGUGUCCUUCCAGCUGCAGAUACGGAGCAAGAACAGCCAGAAUCCAAACAGCAAGAUUGUGCUGCUGGACGUGCCGGUCCGGGCGGAGGCCCAAGUGGAGCUGCGAGGGAACUCCUUUCCAGCCUCCCUGGUGGUGGCGGCAGAAGAAGGUGAGAGGGAGCAGAACAGCUUGGACAGCUGGGGACCCAAAGUGGAGCACACCUAUGAGCUCCACAACAAUGGCCCUGGGACUGUGAAUGGCCUUCACCUCAGCAUCCACCUCCCCGGGCAGUCCCAGCCCUCCGACCUGCUCUACAUCCUGGAUAUACAGCCCCAGGGGGGCCUUCAGUGCUUCCCACAGCCUCCUGUCAACCCCCUCAAGGUGGACUGGGGGCUGCCCACCCCCAGCCCCUCUCCCAUUCACCGGGCCCAUCACAAGCGGGAUCGCAGACAGAUCUUCCUGCCAGAGCCCGAGCAGCCCUCGAGGCUUCAGGAUCCAGUUCUCGUAAGCUGCGACUCGGCGCCCUGUACUGUGGUGCAGUGUGACCUGCAGGAGAUGGCGCGCGGGCAGCGGGCCAUGGUCACGGUGUUGGCCUUCCUGUGGCUGCCCAGCCUCUACCAGAGGCCACUGGAUCAGUUUGUGCUGCAGUCGCAUGCAUGGUUCAACGUGUCCUCCCUCCCCUAUGCGGUGCCCCAGCUCAGCCUGCCCCGAGGGGAAGCUCAGGUGCGGACACAGCUGCUCCGGGCCUUGGAGGAGAGGGCCAUUCCAAUCUGGUGGGUGCUGGUGGGUGUGCUGGGUGGCCUGCUGCUGCUCACCAUCCUGGUCCUGGCCAUGUGGAAGGUUGGCUUCUUCAAGCGGAACCGGCCACCCCUGGAAGAAGAUGAUGAAGAGGGGGAGUGAUGGUGCAGCCUACACUAUUCUAGCAGGAGGGUCGGGCGUGCUACCUGCAUCACCCCUUCUCCAACGAGGUGCCUCCAAGCUUUGGGUUGGAGCUGUUCCAUGGGGUCCUCUUGGUGUCGUUUCCCUCCCAACAGAGCUGGGCCACCCCCUCCUGCUGCCUAAUAAAGAGACUGAGCCCUGA